AUGGCUACCACGGUCAACCCUUACGACGAGGACGCUCGUCGUAGCUACAUUGUUGCCUACUUCAAGGCUGAAGGUCUCUUAGACUUGGAACAUCUCAAUCGGAGGUACGCUUUAGCAGUCUCUGGAUUGAACAACAAGUUGCAUUCCAAGAAUGCGCUUGAAGUCGGCCAUUUAUUCUUUGAGUAUAUGCUCGACCUUACUAUCUGGAAUGACGCCUUUAAAGCAGCUGGCCGUGUCGCCCCCAAGUUUCCGUGGGACCAAACUCCCAGAACCAACGACUACAGCAAGGGCAUUACGAUUGUCUACAGGGAGUGGCGCCUGAAGAAUGGCUACAAUACUGCACCUGGCUCUGGCGCGGUUUCGUCGGCCCCAAGAGGCCCCAAAGCCAUGGAUCCGCGAGUGAUGGAAGUCGUUUGUGCCACGGCUGAUGCGGUGAAGGAAAACGCAGCCAUCUAUAAGUCUUGGGCUGACGAGUUCGCUGAGGAGAAGGCCAAAGACGAGAACAAGACAAUUCAAGUCAUCGGUGAUGGCAUGGAACCAUCUAACGAGGUCGCGGAGGAGAAGGCUAAAGCAGAGAACAAGAAAGCCUUGGAGAAGGCUGACGCAGCCUUGGUGAUGGAGAAGAAGGCUCUUGAGGCCAAGGCCAUCUAUGAGGCUGAGCUCACCAAGAUCCGAGCUGGCAGAGGGAAGAAGGGCAAGGAGCCCAUGUCAGAUGCUCCCAUUAUACCCAAGGGAAUCCUGAUCCCAGUUCACCCCGACUUUGAGGUGGGCAAGGACAAGAGGGUUGGGAAACUUCAUGUUGCCAUGCUGGACGUCCGCCACAGAAUCUGGGAGAGCAUCAAUGGCACCCUCUCUUUCAAGGAUCCGGUCGUUGGGCCUUUCGAGGUCGCGCUCCCGCCGUGGCUUGACUUCCAUGGUCUGAUCUGGGGUGAGAAUGGCGAGCUCUACGAGCGAUUAAUCUCGUCGAUACACAAGUUUCUCACCGUGGGGUGGAUUAUCGCUGGAGGGAGGCCUUCGUGUUUGGUCGUUGGCUUCAAGCCCCCUAAUCAAGAUCCAGCCAGUGAAGAUCCAGCCAGUCGCAUCAGGCACUGGCACGAUUUGACAACUCUCUGGGAAGACGUUGUCACUUGGGUCAGCCAGGCCAGAUAUGGCAACUGUACCACCCUGUUGGACAGCCCAAGUCCAACAACCUUUGCCUCCGGCGCCGGUAUGAAGUUACCACUUGCCAACUCAUCCGAGAUAUAA